AUGUUUUCCCCUGAUGGUGCUCAGCUUCAGCCCUUGCAGGAGGGCCGGCCCUGGAAGACAGAUCCCCGGAAGAGGGAGGAGGAGGAUGGGUGUAGGGCCAGAUUCCCCUUCACCCUGGGCCAUGCAGCUGGGGUCUCACCUCUGCUGGAGGAGGCGAAGAGGCUGUUUGAUGAACUGUGGCCCGGUGUUCACCUGUGGCACUUGCCAGGGUUCCUGGUCCUGGUUGCAGUGGAAGGCGGUGAUGAGCAUCAACUGAAGGAGAAAGCCAGUCUGACCCUGGCCAUGGGGACAUUCCCCCUUCCACCCCAAUUCACCUUCAUCCGUCCCGGGAGAAUGUGCUGGGUGGCUGGCUGGGGAAAAACAGAUGUGAAGGAACCAACCUCCAGCACUCUGCAAGAGAUGAAGCUGAGAAUAGUGGAGCCCCAGGCCUGCAGCCACUUCCCUGCUUUUGACCACAGUCUCCAGCUGUGUGUGGGCCAUCCUCAGAGCACAAAAUCUGCAUUUAAGGGAGACUCGGGGGGCCCUCUUCUGUGUGCUGGGGUGGCCCAGGGCAUUGUCUCCUAUGGACAGUCCAAUGCAAAACCCCUGCCGUCUUCACCCGGAUCUCCCAUUACUGGCCCUGGAUCGACAAGGUCCUGA